AUGCAUGAAGUUCAAGCCUCUUUUACGAUCCACAUGAUCAUACCUCUCUCUACUCUACUUCUUCCUUCCUCUGAGGCUAUAAAAACCGUACCACCACUCGUCACUUCUUCUCUGCGAUCUUCCACCAUGAAUUUUGUUUUUCUUCAUGUUUUCUUCUUGAUUCUUUUGGAAUUUUCAAAUGGGUUUUCAGAUUUUGAUGCUUUGAUGAAGCUCAAAGCUUCCAUGGUCGCACCAAACAGGUCUGGUUUGGAUGACUGGAAAGUUGAGAACUCCAGUUUGAAUACACAUUGUUCGUUUUCUGGAGUUUCGUGUGAUGAGAACUUUCGUGUGACGUCGUUGAUGAUAUCUCAUGUUCCUCUGUUCGGAACUAUCCCGCCGGAGAUUGGGAUUCUGAACAAGCUGGUCAAUCUCACGCUUGUCUCGGAUAAACUCACCGGUGAACUUCCCAUGGAGAUAUCUAAUUUGACUUCAAUUAGAUUCAUUAAUAUCUCUGCUAACUCUCUCACUGGGGAGUUUCCGGGAGGGAUUGUGGCGGGAAUGGCGUUGCUGGAGGCGUUCGACGUUUACAACAAUAAUUUCAGUGGGAGGUUGCCGUUGGAAUUUGUGAAGUUGAAGAAUCUGAAAAUUUUGUAUCUCGGAGGUAAUUUUUUCAGCGGACACAUCCCGGAAGCUUACUCGGAGUUCCAGAGUUUACAGAAGUUAGGUUUGCAAGCAAACGAGCUUUCCGGGAGGAUUCCGGCGAGCUUAUCACGGUUGUCGACGCUUCAUGAGCUUCUUAUCGGGUAUUUCAACAGUUACGAAGGAGGAAUUCCGCCGGAGUUCGGUUCUUUCAAAUCGUUAAAACUACUCGACCUCGGAGGUUGUAAUCUAACCGGAGAGAUUCCGGCAAGCCUUGCAAACCUGAAGAUGUUGCAUUCUCUGUUUCUUCAGUUAAACAAUCUCACCGGCGAAAUACCAUCGGAACUUUCUGGAUUAGUCAGCUUGAUGUCGCUUGAUCUCUCCAAUAACAAUCUAACCGGUGGCAUACCGUUGACGUUCUCGGAAUUGAAAAAUCUGACGUUGCUUAAUCUGUUCCGCAACCGUCUCGCCGGACCUCUUCCUCCGUUCAUCGGUGAUCUCCCGAAUCUUGAGGUUCUUGAGAUUUGGGAGAAUAAUUUCACGUUUCAACUCCCCGAGAAUCUCGGCCGUAACGGCAGACUACUUAUGCUGGACGUCACCGGAAAUCACCUCACCGGACCAGUUCCAAAAGAUUUGUGCAAAGGAGGCAAGUUACGGAUUUUGAUUCUGAUGGAGAAUUACUUCUUUGGACCCCUACCGGAAGAGCUUGGCGGCUGUAAAUCCUUGACCAAGAUUCGAAUCACGAAGAAUUUUAUCAACGGAACUAUUCCCGCCGGCAUCUUCAACUUGCCGGAGCUUACCAUGCUCGAGCUCGACGACAACUACCUCACUGGCGAACUUCCGGAGAGAAUGUACAGCCAGUCUCUUCAAAGUGUUUCAAUGGCUAACAACUGGAUCACUGGUAAGAUACCUCCGGCGUUUGGUGAUCUGGUGAAUUUAACAACUCUAUCUCUGCAAUCAAAUAAGUUUGUCGGAGGGAUUCCGGAAAAGAUGUUGAAUCUGAAAAAACUGUACAAAAUCAACGUCAGCGACAAUAAUCUCAGCGGUGAGAUUCCGGCUUCUAUUGCUACAUGUGUUCAGCUUACCUCCCUCGAUUUCAGCCGGAACAACUUGAUUGGUGAAUUUCCGAGAGGAAUUCUAAAUUUGUUCAACUUGAACAUCCUUAAUGUAUCUGGAAAUCAAUUCAAAGGAGAGAUUCCGAGUAAAUUAGGUCACAUGAAGAGCUUGACCGUGUUGGACCUUUCGUACAAUCAGUUCUCCGGCAAUGUGCCAAUGGACGGACAGCUGAAGGAUUUCAGCGACACUAUCUUCGCCGGUAACCUAAACCUUUGUUUACCAGAGAAAGCUCACUGUCCGAUCAUCUCUAGAUCCAAAAACAAGAACCAUUCGAUCACCACAUCGAAGAUGAUGAUCAUGAUUAUCGCCUUAAUCACAACUGUAUCAUUAUUCAUACUAACAUUCAUCAAAAUAAAAAAGAAACACCUGGAGCGAUCCAAAGUCUGGAAGCUAACCACUUUCCAACGCUCAGAUCUAAAAGUUGAAGAUGUUCUUGAUUGUUUGAGAGAUGAAAAUAUAAUUGGCAAAGGCGGUGCUGGAAUUGUGUACCGUGGAUCAAUGGCCAAUGGUGUUGACGUAGCAAUCAAGCGGUUAAUGGGUCGGAACCAUGGGUUCGACGCUGAGAUCCAAACAUUAGGAAGGAUCAGGCACAGAAACAUCGUGAGAUUGCUUGGUUACGUAUCGAAUCGUGAAAGCAAUUUGCUGAUUUACGAAUACAUGUCUCAUGGGAGCUUAGGAGAGAUUUUGCACGGACCAAAAGGGGCGCAUUUGCAGUGGGAAACGAGGUACAAGAUCGCGGUGGAGGCCGCCAAGGGAUUAUGUUAUCUCCACCAUGAUUGCUCGCCGAUGAUCUUGCAUCGAGACGUGAAGUCCAACAAUAUACUGUUGGAUUCCGAUUAUGAAGCUCAUGUUGCUGAUUUCGGGCUUGCUAAGUUCUUGAGGGAUUCUGGUGCUUCCGAAUGCAUGUCUUCCAUUGCUGGAUCUUACGGAUACAUUGCACCAGAGUAUGCAUACACAUUAAAAGUGGACGAAAAGAGUGAUGUGUACAGCUUUGGAGUUGUACUUCUUGAACUGAUAGCCGGUAAAAAGCCGGUUGGGGAAUUUGGUGAUGGGGUGGAUAUAGUGAGAUGGGUUCGGGAGACCAUAUCGGAGCAUUAUGAGCCAUCGGAUGCAGCAGCAGUGGUAGCGGUGUUGGAUCCAAGGCUCAAAGGGUACCCGUUGGCAAGUGUGAUCAACCUCUUCAAAAUCGCAAUGAGUUGCGUGGAGGACGAGAGCACGGCUAGGCCUACGAUGAGGGAAGUGGUCCACAGGUUAACGAAUCCUCCACCAUCGCAGCCACAACCCCAGCCAUGCUUGCUGACUCCUUGAAGAAACGGUUCGUUGUUUUUGUUGAUAAUGAUGGUUGUGAUGAACAAUAUAGGGGUAAAAUUGUAAUAAGUUUUGACACUUUUGGGUCAGAAGUAGACAAAUUCCUUGUGUCUUUGUUUAUGAUCAUGAAUGUUGAUUGUUUUCU